AUGAUGGAGACGAUCAAUGAUGAAGACUCGGCAAACCCUUCCGUUCCGAAUCUUGUCGAACUCAUGGAAAAUAUACAAUCCCGUGCCGGCUAUGAUAGCUCCUCCACAGAUCAAGAAGUAGCUAUCACCGAAUAUACCACUGAUGAAGAGGUCUCCGAAGAAUACGUCUCCGACGAAUGUCACUCCGAAGAAUACAUCUCUGAAGACGAGUUCUCUGAAGAGGAGAUAAUCUCCAGAGCACCAAACGCAGAAGGAAAACGCGUUGCGUCUCCGAGUCCCCUUGGCCAUCAGCCCCUCGACAAGCGUCCGCGACAAUCCACUGCUGAAGAAGAAUUCGACAUUGACAAGGUGGUGGAGGCUAUAGAACAAAACCCAUUAUGGACGAUGGACCACAAGGCGGCACUCUUGGAAAAAUACGAGAAUAGUCUGAGACUUCUGGUCGACAAGGUGGUCGUCAUGCAACUUGAAGCUCGCGAAGAAGCGAAGAAGAACGAGGAAUUCAAGGGGCAGAUGAAAAAGUACAGGGAGGAGGAGAAGAAACGCCAGGAGGAGAUGAAAGAAUAUUGGGAAGAGGACAAAAAACACCGGGAGGAGGAGAAGAAGCACUGGGCGGAGAUGCGGAAGUUUAUGGUCGCAAUCUCCAAAGCCUUUGGCGUGGCAGCACAGGGCGAGAACGAGUAA